UUAAAUUUUAAUUUGACGUUUUCUUUUAAAAUACCUACGAAAAAUUUAUGACAUAUUGGACUAACUUUUGUUCGGAUAGUUGUUUGGAUUCUUCCUUAACUUUUCUAGUUUCCAUUUCCGUUUGAUAUAUUAUGGACAUUUAAUGGCAGCAAUUUAUUGGGCUGAAGAAGGUCAUCGUGUUAUUUACAUAGCGCCCAAACGAUUGGAAUCUCCACAAUUAUCGCAUCAUGACAGAAGUACCACAAACUCUGAAUCUUUUCAACUCAUGCAAUUUAUGUAUCUCUCGAAUUAUGAGACGUUAGUUGAACAACUGGCGGAUUUACACCGUUUCGCUUCUAAACCUUCUGUAUUGAUAUUAGAAGAUCUUGAUAAUUACAUUCAAGAUCCGGACGUCAAGGAAACAAAAGAAGUACACAUCGCUAGAUUAUGUGCUCUCCUCGUUGAUACGAUGAACGUGUGUGCGGCGAUUCUUCAGCAACAGGUUCAUAUUUGUGUUUCUAUUUCUUCUGAAUGUGAUGUUAUUUAUCAAAUUUAUUUUAAUAAUUUUUGGAGUAUCGAGAAACAAAAUAAUGGAAUGGUUAAAUUAAAGGAAGUGGCUUCAAAUCGUGCUACAAAUAAGACUUUCGAAUACCGCGAAUGUGAUGAUGAUAAUACUGGCACAUUACUUGUUUUAAACCAAAUUUUCCGUAACUAAAAUUUUAAAGUACA